CAGUUCAUGUUGGAGUGAGACUGAAUUCUGUCUGAAAUCUGUGAAGUGCUGAAGGAUGAUGCCCCGGACAGGCGGUGCUCUAGUUUUCCUCCUGCUGGCUGUGGUCAGAAGUGCAGUGUCCAGCAGAGAGCUGCAGUGCUCCAUGUGGCCUGUGGGGGCGCUGCAUCCAGUGCAGGCUCAACUGGAGCGCUUCGAGGCGGGACCAGGUUGUGCGGCCAGAGAGGGUGGAGCUAAAGAGACCCACGUGAUUUCUGUGGGCAAAGCCUCCAACAAACAAGUAACAGUAGUGUUAAGACCUCUGACCGUCUCUCUGCCCAUCAACCGGCCGGUGAUUCUGGUGCUGAGCUCCCGGCAUGCCGUGCAUUGGGUGUUGGAGAAUGAAGGACUGUCGCACAACAUCAACGUGCUGGUGCAGGUGUCUCUCAACUCCACAGCCGUCUCUUCGAGUUUGUCCAUCCGCGUGACACAGGUUCCCUCUCUGCCACGGCGUCCUCGGGUCCUUCUGCGCUGGGUCCUCCAGCGUCACGCCACCGUCUCGUCACUCACACACACUGUGCGCGCGAACCGUGUUUACCUCCGUCUGGGAGAGGAUGCAAGCAUGCCGAGCGAGUGCCGCCUGCAGUCUCCGUUUCUGUCCCAAAACUAUCUGGCCUCAGAGCUGCAGGAGCAGGAGAUUCACGGCUGUGUCCCGUCAGACCAGCCCAUGGAGACAGAGGUCCACAUCAUCCGCCUCUGGUCCUCAGGAUCCGGUCUGUGCGGCUCUCUGCAGGUGGAGGUGUCUGUCUCUCUGCUGCCUCCAGUGGCUUGUUCAGUGUAUCACAGGAUCGUCCUGAUCCUCAGCAGUGCGGUUCCAGUCAACUGGGCUCUGGUGGCUCCAGAGGUCAAAGGCCACGUCAGGGUCUAUUCGUCCAACAGCGUGAGUCCGCCGUACCGAACUCAAUCCCCCAGCCUCAGCGUGACCAGCACCGUGACCUCUGACCUCCUCAGCACCCCCGACCUUCUAGAAUGGGCCAAUCAGAACGGCUUUCCCAAAGUGACCUCGUACACUGAGGCUGAUCUGGCCAAUCGCUUCGUCGUCAGGCUAAGAGAAGGAGGGUCAGACACAGACCUGAGGUCUUCAGACGGGGGGCAGGAUGUCAGCAGCGAGGCGCUCAGCUGUCACUGUGAGAGCGGAGCUCUUACUGUUACUGUGGACACACAGAUGCUGCAGUGCACUGAAUUGUUUAUGUACACACAGAUUUUUCCAGUGUCGGCAGUGACCCUGCGAGAUCACAACUGCCACGGUGAAUUUAAUGGAAGCCAUUUCCUGUUGCUUUUCCCGGUCAUUUCCUGUGGGACGGAGGGAGAAAUGGAUGAAGUGAACAGAAGAGUUCAUUACACAAAUACAGUGUUCCUGUGGAAACGGAAACCAUCCGAGGGUUUGAACAAUGAGACAGACGUGGAGGUGUCGGACGAGACCAGUCUGAUAGCCAUUCAUAUCAGCUGUGAAUCGUCUCUGGUCACUCCUGCGAGACCAUCAGUCACGGCUCCGUCCUCCAGGCCUGAGGAGGCGCUGCGCUUCAGUCCCUGGGUCCCGAGAGGCCACGCCGCUCCGGUGCUGUCCAUGGAGCUGUUUGUCACCGAGGCCUACGAGAGGAGAGCCGUGGGGCCCUGUGUGAUCACCGCGUACGACCGCGUCUACGUGCAGAUCUCGGUGGGUUCUGGUGUUUCGGAGGCCGUGGAGGUCCAGUCGUGUCUGGUCUCUCCUCUCUCAUAUCCACACGCUCACAGCGGCUGGUCCAUCAUCAGAGACUCCUGUCCAUCUGACCCGUCCUUCAAACUGAGCCACAGAGAAGCCCAGGAAUCCACAGACAGCACUGGACACGAGGACGAUGAGGACGAUGAGGAAGAUGAGAAGACUGAAGGGAAAGACGACAGGAGACUGUCGCAGCCGCUCUCACGCUGGAGACAGAUGGCGAGCCGCCCUGGAGACGAGAGAGCCAGGCGAAAUAAUAAAGUGAAGAGACCCGACAGACUCGGCGUGAGGAGACCUGAAGAACGCAGACGGAGGAGACGGGAGGACGAACACGAGAGCGCACACACGCUGCAGUUCAGUUUCAUCCUGCGGCCCGUCUUUAAUAACUCCAUCCAGUUCCUGCACUGCCGUCUGCGUCUGUGUGCGUCAGCUGAGGGACCCUCGAGGGCCACCCCUCGCAUCUGCACAGACGGCCCUCAGAUACCUGCUCUCACACACACCACUGCUUCUCAACAGUGUGAGUACAGGAAUCUCUCUCGGCCCGUGUUGGUCACGUAUUCUGCUGGGUUUUUGGCUCCCCCUGCUGGUAAACUUUCUCAAAAGCCUGCUGAGAUGUCGAAACAGACUCCGGCACACAGCGGUCGUUGCGUAAAGUACAGGCCUUGCACAAUCAUAAUUGUUAAAAAUAAGGUGGAAACUGUUGUUUACCUGGUUUGUGUUUCAGAAACAUACGAGAGUCCAGUGUUAAUGGUGGUGUUCUCUGCGUUUGUUAUGGGUUUGUGUCUGAUGGGGGCGCUGUGGUGCAUUUACAGUCACACAGGGAGGCGUGAUAUGAGCCAGAGAGACGGUAUUAUAGAAACCACGCGACAGGACAGCGAAACUCGCGGACACUGA